AUGCAUACACGUGUGGUAUUUAAUCAAAAAGGUGGUGUCGGUAAGUCCAGUAUUGCAGUAAAUUUGGCGGCAAUUAGUGCACAUCAAGGCCUAAGAACCUUACUGAUUGAUCUCGAUCCGCAAGCGAAUUCGAGUCAGUAUGUGCUGGGCGAUGACGCAACUGCACAUCAAGGCUUAAAAACCUUAUUGAUUGAUCUCGAUCCGCAAGCGAAUUCGAGUCAGUAUGUGCUGGGCGAUGACGCAACGUAUUCGGCAGACAAACCAGCUUUAGAACCCAAUAUUGAAAACUAUUUUGAAGAAGUGCUUGGAACGACUCAAAAUAAAAGUCUAUUGGGCAGUGCCAUUGGUUCGAUCCUCAAAGGACGAGCUAAAGGCUUAGAAAGUUAUGUACACCAAUCCCCUUUUAAAAAUUUGGAUGUGAUUCCAGCCAGCCCAAGCCUCGGGGCAUUGGCUUAUGCUUUAGAGUCAAAACAUAAAAUUUAUAAACUGCGUGAUGCGUUACAACAGCUUGCUGGAAAAUAUGAUCGUGUCUAUAUCGAUACACCACCAGCCUUUAACUUUUUUACCUUGUCGGCAUUGAUUGCAGCCAAUAAAGUCCUGAUUCCGUUUGAUUGUGAUGUCUUUUCUAAACGUGCAUUGCAAACUUUGAUCGAAAAUGUGCUCGAAACUCAAGACGAUCAUAAUGAUCAUUUGGAAAUUGAAGGCAUUGUGGUGAAUCAGUUCCAAGCGCAGGCCAAACUUCCGCGUGAAGUGGUGCAACAGCUGAAGGAUGAAGGUCUUCCUGUACUAGAAAGUAUGUUGCCCCCAUCGGUGCUGAUGAAAGAAUCGCAUCACAAAAAUUUACCCUUAAUUCAUUUGGCACACGAUCAUAAAUUGACGCAGGCCUAUCAAUCAUUGUUCAAUGAGAUUGAGAAUAAUAAAUUGCGAGAUUCAGCAUGA